AUGGGCUGCGGUUCGUCGUCGCUCAAACACACAGGCGAGGCGGGCGAAGGGCGGGAAGCCAGGACAGAGAAGGACAAGUCGAGCGCGAUCGACAAGCAGAUUGACGAGGAUGCGAAGAAGCUGCGGAGAGAGUGCAAGAUCCUCUUGCUCGGGUCGGGAGAGUCGGGCAAGUCGACCAUCGUCAAGCAGAUGAAGAUUAUCCACCAGAACGGCUACUCGCGGGACGAGAUCAUGCUCUUCCGGUUGACGAUUCACAAGAACAUCCUGGACUCGGCGCAAGGGCUGGUGUUGGCGAUGCGGCGGUUCAAGCUGGAACCUGUCGAGGAGAUCAACCAGGCCUACGCGGACAAAAUCAUGGAACAUCAGCUCGACUGCGACACCUACUCUGCCUCCCCUCUCGCCUCUUCCCCUCGUCCGUCAAUAGACCGUCGAUCGGAUGGCGGCCUCAGCCCAGAGAUCGUCCAAGCCAUCGACAGCUUGUGGCACGACCCCAUCAUCCCCAGCGUGCUCGACCGGCAAAGUCAGUUCUACCUGAUGGACUCGGCUCCUUAUUUCUUUGACGAGAUCAAGCGGAUAGGAGCGUGCGACUACGUCCCCAGCGAAGCCGACGUUCUGCAUGCCCGAACAAAAACGACGGGCAUCAGCGAGACCAAGUUCCGCGCGGGCCAGCUCAGCAUCCACAUGUUCGACGUCGGCGGGCAGCGGUCUGAACGGAAGAAGUGGAUCCACUGCUUCGAGGCCGUCACGUCCAUCAUCUUCUGCGUCGCGCUGUCCGAGUACGACCAGGUUCUGCUCGAGGAGAACUCGCAGAACCGGAUGAACGAGUCGCUCGUAUUGUUUGAGAGCGUCGUCAACUCGCGGUGGUUUGUCCGAACAUCCAUCAUCCUCUUCCUGAACAAGAUCGACAUUUUCCGCGUCAAGGUCACGAAGGUUCCCCUCUCGCUCUACUACCCCGACUUUACCGGUGGUACCGACGUCAACAAGGCGGCGAAAUACAUCCUGUGGCGGUUCACGCAGCUCAACCGCGCGCGGUUGAGCAUCUAUCCACAUUUGACGCAGGCGACCGAUACGAACAAUAUCCGUCUCGUCUUCGCCGCCGUCAAGGAGACGCUGCUGCAGAACGCCCUCCGUGACUCGGGCAUCUUGUAA